GUCGCAGUGCCCCAAACAACAAACAGGCAACACAGCAUCACUAGCCUUCUGAGAACAUAACGUGGCCCAGCUACCCGCUAGCACAUAAUAUCUCUGCCCCCGGCGACCUGCGAGAGCAGUUCGCUGAGGAAUCCAUGCAUGUCUCUCUAUGAACCCGGCCGCGAAGGCCACGAUCCUUAUAUCGACUAUGCUUCACAACCAGAGGGCCAGCCUGAAGAGCGCGUCUACGGGUCGCAUGUCCAAGAUAUCCAACAGGGCGGCCCUCAAGGCCUUAAUACACUGCACGAGCUUGGUGGGGCCCAACAGCAGCAACAUCCUCAUCAUCAUCAGCAGCAACAGCAACAGCAACACCCACAUCAUCCACAACACCAGGUAUUACUCGGCCCGCAUGUCAUGGCCCACCACCAAACUCCUCAGUUCGGUGGUGGGCAGGGAAUGUUACCAUACGGGCCGCGGCAGAUGCAAGCGCCUACCGGAACAAAGAGGCAGCGAGACGAGAUGGAGUUAGAGAUGGGAGUUUUGCCAGAGGCACCGAUUCAGGGCGGCGAAAUGCAAAGCAUGUCUUCGAUGUCUCAGCAGUCGAUGGUGGGGUAUGGUGGACAACCAGUGCAAGAGUAUCACGCUCAUACCUUGCCAAAUCAAGGUCACCGGUCGAAGAUGCCUCGGAUGGGCGACGUUGAUUCGAAUAGUAUGAUGGAACAAAGCGGCGCGCCGAGUGUUGUUGGGAUGGAGGGGAUGCCUCCUCCAGCACCGCGACCCCGGGGUCCAAAGCUGAAGUUUACGGCCGAGGACGAUCAAUUACUUGUGGAUCUGAAGGAGAAUAAGUCCUUGACCUGGAAGCAGAUCGCGGAGUUCUUCCCUGGUCGAUCUUCUGGCACUCUACAAGUCCGCUACUGUACGAAACUAAAAGCCAAGAGCACGCAAUGGACAGAAGAGACGGUCCAAAAACUGCGCACGGCUCUGAAUGACUACGAGCAGGAGAAGUGGCGUAUUAUAGCCCAGAAACUCGGCGCCGGCUUCACAUCCGCUGCUUGCAAGGAGAAGGCCAGUGAGUUAUAG